AUGCCGCCCCCCUAUAACUAUCACUCGACACGUACUCACCCUUCCUCCUUGGUCCCUGCCUCUGAACAUCACUCAGAUCUUCUGUGGCUUAUGAAUCAGCGGGUCAACGCAGACAUGGUGGAUCACAUCGUGGCAAAAGUCUGUGAUGUUGUCCCUCACUGUUGCGACAAUUGUCAUCCACCCACCUUGUAUAAGCGAACGGACUCCCCCAGCACGCUCCCCAGCCCACCUGUGACUCCAACCAAGCCCGCAUUCCAGAACGAUUCUCUUCGGCGUGCUCCAACGCCUCUGCCUGCAUUGGGAGACUUUUUGGGAAAUAUCAUAUCCUCUUCUAAGAUCCAGGCACCCACGCUGUUGUGCACUCUUGUAUACCUCGAGCGUAUUCGCCCCAAGCUUCCACCAAUUGACAAGAGUUCACCUCAUUCCAGAAGUCCUGAUGUCCAACAUAGGGUACUAAUGGCUACAAUAAUCUGCGCGGCUAAGUACCUCAAUGAUUCGUCCCCCAAGAACAAGCACUGGGCUUUGUACAGCUACGGCUUGCUCACGUGCCAGGACAUCAAUGCGAUGGAACAACAGCUUUUGGCACUCCUUGACUGGGACCUUCGCCUGACAGAGGAAGAAUGUAUCAGUGCAUUCUCUGUGUUCUUUGGAAAGUGUGGGCCGUGCGCCACCAACCAUCCUACGACCCCUCCUAAAGACAUUGCAACUCGCGCGGGUCCCUCACACACGGCAUUUGAAGCCAGUUCAAGUUUUCAUCUUUCUGUCCCCUCGAACCGACGAGCUAGCCGUCCGGCCAAGAUUGAAAUUGCAGCAGGUCCAGCUCAUUUGCAUCCCUCGUUCAGGCGCUCCGAUACGUCCAGCAUACCCCCCUCGCCACCUCCCAGUGCCACAACCGCAAAUUUCAAGAGGAUUCGAGAGGAGAUGGUGGCGAGCGAUCAAACCAGCCAGUCGAACGGAGAGGAAAAUGUGAACAAGGUUGAGUGUAUGCGCACACAAGGUACUAGGCGCACCACCGCAAUCCACGAGGGUGCUGUCAAUGACCAAUCUCACACCUCUAACUCUCAUCCCAACGUCCGCUUCGCUGCCAAUCUCAUUACUUUAAGCGGGGAUUGUACAAUCGGAAACAACCAAGAAUCUGUUUCUUCCUGGCCUACUCUCUCGCGAGCUAACGGAAUUCUUGAGCGUGUAUGGGGUAACAACCACCACGGGCGCAGCGGCUUCAGGUCUUCCCGUAGCGUUGGUGGGCUUUUCCGAGCUGCGACGUCGGAGAGUCUUGCUGAGCAGGCGACCACACGGGUUUGA